AUGAAUAUUGCCGUUGUUGGUUUAUGUACAUACGCAUACGUUGAUGAUAUUGGAUGGAUGAUUAUUUGUAUUACACAGAGCAGAGCAGAGCAGGACGGAGCAGAGCAGAGCGCUACGGCUUGCCUGAUGUUGCCGUACGUCGGUCGGGCAAUAGCAGUUGCAGCAGCACACCAACAGUUACUGAUGCUGUUCGUGAAGCGGGCCGGGCCGUUACACUGCUGCCGACACAAUCUAUCAAGCAACCAAGCAGCCAGCCAACCGCCCCAUAGCUUUGACUUCAAAUAUCGAUUUGGUUUGAGCGGAUGA